AUGGCUAAACAAAUUGCAGAGAUGGGUGAGAAGCAAUCAAAUGCAUCCCCUAUUGCUAAUCAAGACCACCCAAGGGACAAAGGAAAAGCUACAAAGUGGGAGGAGUGCAAAGCAAUCAUGGUGGGAAGUAAGAAGGAAGCCAUCAAUCAGGAAGAGCACAACAGAAAAAUUCCACAAGAAGAGACAGAAGAAAGAAGUGAAGAGGAGAGAAAGACCAAGAAUGCAAAAAGCUCAAAGAAAGAUGAGGACAUCCUUGAAACACAGCUACAAGAGAAGACGGAAGGGGAGAAGCCAGAUGUCCCCAAACUUCCGCACCCUCAGAGGUUCAAAAAAGAAAAUGAGGAUAAGCAAUAUUCAAAGUUCCUGGACAUAUUCAAGACACUCAGCAUCAAUAUUCCUUUCUUAGAAUGCUAUUCUCCAAAGAGGUCUACCAGAGAAGAAGAUGAUCCUGGAAGGUAUUAUAUACCUUGUACCAUAGGAGACAUAACUAUUGAGAAAUCAUUUUGUGACCUUGGUGCAAGCAUAAACUUGAUGCCUCUAUCUCUCAUAAGGAAGCUUCAAAUUUUUGAACUGAAACCCACUCGAAUAGCUCUUCAAAUGGCUGACAAGUCCAUUCAGCAAGCAAUCGGAGUUGUAGGGAAUGUGCUGGUAAAAGUGGGAAAAUUCCUUCUCCCAGCUGAUUUUGUCAUCCUGUAUAUGGAGGAGGACCCUAACACUCCCAUCAUCCUGGGGAGGCCUUUCCUGACUACGGGCAGAGCAUUGAUAGAUGUUGAAAAAGGGGAAUUGCUGCUAAGAGUGCAUGAUGAGCACCUAGCAUUCCAUGUUUUUAAAAUCCUGCAUGAGCCCACUCAAGAAGAAGAUUGUAUGGAGGAUAAAGCCAGGGAUCAAAGCUUGAAAGAGGCAUUCAAUGAGUUAACUCCAAGAAUUCCAAAUCCAUGCUUGAAAGAAGUAGAGAUGGUGCAACAGACCAAAGAAAUCAAGGAGGAACUAGAUCCAAAACCCCCAGAUGAGAACCUCAACACUCCAGAUAAAGAACCACCAAG